AAUACAACAAUCUUAAUCCAAAAUUUGCAUCCGUUUGCAUUGUAUAAAGCACUGAUUGUAGCUCACAACACACGACAUGGCAGCGACCCCGUAUCGAUAUCGUUUAAAACCAAAGAAUCUGGAUUGGAAAUUAACAUGGGGAUCGCCUGACGACUGCACCACUAUUACGGGAUCAUUAUAUGCUAGAAUAAAAAUACGCACUAUUAACGACGAAAACUUCCCCAUAGUAAAACAAACACGAUAUAAUUCUCUUUCUUUAAAACGCCGAACAAUUAAUUUAUUUGGUGGGGAGCAAUAUGUAGCAAGAGUGUAUGUAAUAAGAAAGGCUAAUGCUGAAGAGAACUCUUCCGCUUAUCAAGAAAUUGAGUUUACAACUCCACCUGGAAUUCCGCCCCAGGUAACCAAUCUGGAUGUCUAUGAGACUGAUACUCGUGAAGAUCAAAAAGUCGUAUAUUUGAGAUGGCAGGAGCCAAUUCCACCUCUCAACGGAACAUUACGUAGUUAUAGCAUCCUAUUAUGUACCAUACAUGAAUGCUCUUCUACAGAAGUUCCAUUGACUAAUAGCUGCAAAUUAUGGAAUGAUUACAUUUGCGGAUCUGCUAAAUUUAAAAUCAAGAAUCCUACAAUUGCAGUUGUCGCACAUAAUCAGGAUGUUCGUGAUCCAGGUCCUCCGUUUACAGUAUCUAAGGAAAAGCUUAAUAAUCAAAUUCCAGAAGAACCUGCUAAUUUCACUGUACUACCAUAUAAUAAAGGCAUUGUAGAUUUAUACUGGAAGCAUCCUUGGAAAACGGGUAGCCGUCUCGAUCAUUUCUAUAUCAUGAUAAUACCGCUUUCCACAAAUCUGGUAAAGUUUCUGGAAAGAAAUUGGCGACCUUACAAUUCGUCCAUUAAUGUUACGGUGACAAAUUAUAUGCGCGAAUAUACGAAACGAUUAUACCUGCACCCUUCAACGCAAUACCACAUCUUCAUUAAAGCUGUAACAGUUUUGGGGAUGUCUAGCACAGUACAAUACAAGGAAUUCAAAACACCUUCCAGCUUAAAGUUCAGCGGUCCUCUAAAAUAUGUAAUGCACGAUUCAAUGAUUUCAUUAAAUAUUCCGCGUAUUGUAAACUAUACAAAGGACAGCACAAUACACGUCAUAGUAAAAGGACCAUUGGGACCCAAUGGUUGCAAAGGAUAUUUGAGAGUACCUGAAGAUCUGCAAGCUAUAGCAGACAUAGACGUGUCCCAUGUCGCUUGGGAAGCCGCUGAAAUUUCGAGUCAACAAGAUCUUAACAAAUCAUUUACGAUCGGCAACAAUAAAAUGUAUGGCAGAGCCAAGAAUUGCCAAUUGCAACUUAAGGAAUCGUACGACAUAACGGUUAUCGUAACUGAGAAUAAUGAAAAUUCACUUAUUGAUCCGAUCAUGCUCAAAAUAACAGUUCUCAACGGUGAGAUUUCAUCACAACCACAUCAUGAAGCAUGGCUCAUACCUGUAAUAUUAAUUCUUAUCGUGGCAGCCGUGUUACUUUAUUUGUAUCGCAGGGUUGCGGUAUGAACAUAAGCGGCGUAUUAUUAUUUUAUGUUGUUUGAAAGCGGCCGCAUUAAAAGAAUCGGCAAUUAAUAGAUGUAAGAUUUACGAGCGACCGACUCGGAUUGUUAUCACGUCGGCUCGACUAUUGUCAAUCCGGCUCGGCAUGUUAUGAUGUCGGCUCGAGGUUAAAGCAUGCGGCGUUUCACGCAAACGUUUUCCGAGGAUUUAUAAGGAGCACGAGAACGAAAAAAGGAGAGAUCCUGCGAGACCACGAUACCGAGCACAUCGUGUUGCGAGUCGUAAGAGUUUUGUAUCCGUAUUAAAAUAUAUACUACAUUAUAUUCGAA